AUGUCCAGUAAGAAACCAAUGGACGAGGCUCGUAGGGCACGAUUAAUGUCCCUGGAGCAAAAAAUUCGUGACCCGACAAGUAUCGGCAAUAUCGAUUGCCUGCUAGAUACACUGACCGCGCUUGUCGCGGACUGUGAUCAUGAUAAUGUUAAGAUAGUUAAGAACAUCGAAACAUUCAUCAAACGAUUCAAGAAUUUGGCCCGUGACAUCACGACCUUACGGAUGAAUCCGAGUGAUUUCACUUUUAUCAAACUCAUCGGACGCGGAUCGUUUGGCAAGGUGUUGCUAGUACGACAGAAAAGCACAAAACAGGUGUAUGCAAUGAAGCGUUUGUCCAAGUACGAGAUGAUUACGCGUUCCGAUACGGCAUUCUUCUGGGAGGAACGUUACAUCAUGGCAAAUGCAAACUCCGAUUGGAUCGUGAAGUUGCAUUUUGCUUUUCAGGAUGCAAAAUAUCUGUACAUGGUAAUGGACUUUAUGCCCGGCGGUGACAUCGUGGGAUUGAUGAAUGUUUACGAGAUACCGGAAAAGUGGGCACUGUUCUACACGAUGGAAGUUGUGUUGGCCCUGGACACGAUCCACCAGAUGGGUUUCAUCCAUCGGGACGUUAAACCCGACAACAUGCUGUUGGACAAGUACGGUCACCUCAAGCUAGCAGAUUUUGGUACAUGCAUGCGUAUGGACAGCGAUGGGUUGGUGCGUUCGUCGAAUGCAGUCGGAACGCCGGACUACAUUAGCCCGGAAGUAUUGCAGUUUCAGGGCGCUAAGGACGGCUAUGGGCGCGAGUGCGACUGGUGGUCGGUGGGCAUUUUCCUAUAUGAAAUUUUGAUCGGUGAUACGCCCUUCUUCUCUGACAGUCUAGUAGGAACGUACAGUAAGAUUAUGGAUUUUAAAAAUUGCCUUCAAUUUCCUGACAAUGCACCGAUGAGCGAGAAUGCUAAAUCGCUGAUCAAAGGCUUCCUGACGGAUCGUACCGUGCGGCUCGGUCGGCACAGUGUGGAGGAGAUCAAAUCACAUCCGUUCUUUGUGAACGAUACCUGGACGUUUGAGAAUGUUCGCGAUUCGGUACCGCCAGUAGUGCCCGAGCUAAGCGGUGACGACGAUACGCGCAAUUUUGUCGAAGUUGACCGUAAGAACAGCGUUGGCACUAACUUUCCCACACCAACCACCUUUGUUGGCGAUAAUCUACCAUUCAUCGGAUUUACGUACUCGCCCGAUUAUCAGUUGCUAAGCGGCGAAGGCGAGAAUAACGACGAUGAGUCAACAGAGGACACCACUGACAAUAAGGAAGCCGUAGCGAAAGCACACCACCACCGUCUGUCAAAUAACGCUGAACUGAUGCGACUAGAGAAUAUGCUGCAGCGUGAGAAGCAGGCAGUCGAAACGCUCGAAAAGCAGGAACGUACCCUUCGUCAACAGAUAGAUCUUAUAACGAAACGGGAAUCAGAUAUUCAGACCCUUGCAAAUGAGUACGAGCGAGAUUUAACUAUGUUGAAGCAUAGUUACCGUGAAGUACAGCGGCGAGCGGACGGAGAGCAGGAGACUCGUAAAAAGCUCGAAUCCGUGCUAGUAGAGACGAAACAGCGGCUGCAGGAAGAACGUAACUUGCGAACACGUGAAAUGAAUAAUUUGCAACAAUAUACCGAUCGAAUCAGUGCCCUCGAGAAACAGCUGGCGGAUGUGCAAGAAAAGUACAAGGCAGAGGUGGAGACUGGUCAGAAAUGUAAAAAGCAGAUCGCAGAGCUGCGAAUGUUAAGCAGUAAUGCGGAACAGAAAGCACUCGAUCUGCAGUCAAUGCUGUUGGGACUGCAAACGAUGCGUGAUAUGCUGCAGCAGGAAAUGACGGAUCUGCAAAGCCAGCUAGCGCAGGAGCGAAACACACGAAUCAAGAGGAUGGAAUUGCAGAAGGAGCUCGAAGUGAAGGUGCAAUCAAUGUGUGCAGAUAUGGAGCGCAUUUCGAUUCGCGAACAACAGGUGUUUGCCGACAAUCGGACCCUUGUCGAUCGAAUUUCGGAGCUGGAAAAAGAGUAUGCCUCGGUGGAAUGCGAAUUGAAGGCGGUUCAAAGCCGUUACGAACAGGAGGUACAGGCGCAUCAGGAAACGGCCAAGGCACGGUUGUUGAACAACGAGGAAGCAAACAUGCAGGAAGUGAAAGCUCUGCAAAAUAAACUCACAGAGGAAAAAUUGGGCCGCCAGAAAGCCGAACAAAACUCACAAGAAAAGGAACGUCAACUAUCCAUGCUAUCUGUUGACUAUCGCCAGAUUCAACAACGUUUGCAAAAACUUGAAGGCGAAUAUCGACAGGAAUCGGAAAAGGUACUCGCCUUACAUAGUCAACUAGAGCAGGAACAGAGCAAAAAGAACAGUCUGCUAUCAGAAAUUAGCCUUCAAAGCUCCGAGGUCGCUCAUCUAAAGUCGAAGGAAAUGCAGUCGCAGAAGGAACUGCAGCAAUUGCGUGAUACGCGUAAGAAACUAGAAGAAGAUGUAACCAAUAUAAAAAAGCAGCACAAUACGGAUAUUCUGCAGAUGAAAGAAGUGCAAGAUCAACUGGAGGUAGAACAGUAUUUUUCCAAAUUGUAUAAAACGCAGUACAACGAGUUGCGCGAAGAGAUGAAGGAUCGUAUGCGUCUGCUGGAACAUCUGGACGAGGAACGUUGCAAUAUUAUGCAUCAGCUGCAGUUAGCAAACGCUCGAGCCGACACAGAAGCACUGGCACGUUCAAUCGCCGAAGAAACGGUAACAGAUUUGGAGAAAGAAAAAACAAUGAAGGAAUUGGAAUUGAAGGAUUUGCUUACCAAACAUCGUAACGAUCUGAUGGCUAAAGAGGCAGUGGUUACGUCGCUGAAGGAUGUCGAAGCAGAAUUGAAGAAGUCGCUGGGCAACAAGGAGUACGAGCUGGAGGAUAUGAUGCAGCAAAACAAGAAACAACAGGAGGAACUCUACCGUCUGAAGUUCGAGCUCGGGGAACUGGAUAAGUGUCGAGCAAAGUUGGUGAACGAAACUAUUCUGAAACAGCAGGCGGUGAAUAAACUGGCAGAAAUUAUGAACCGGAAGGAUAACAACUUGACCAGCAAGCAAAAAAUGAAGGUCAACUCGACGGCAGAACUUCGCAAGAAGGAAAAGGAGAACAAGCGACUGCAGCAAGAGCUGUCAGUUGAACGUGCCAAAUAUGACGAACUGUGCCAAAAGCACAAUGAUACCAUCAGUCAACUAUCGCGUGAAAUAGAUAUCAAAACCAAGCUGCAGAUGGAAAUUGAUUGCAAAGCGACAGAGAUCGAACAUCUGCAAAUAAAACUGAUCGAGACAGCAUCACUAUCCUCUGUGGACAACGACAUGAUGGAAGAAAAUCAAGACUCCAUCUUCGAGGGUUGGUUGAGCGUACCGAACAAACAGAAUAUAAAGCGUCACGGAUGGAAACGCCAGUUUGUGGUGGUAUCUCCGAAACGGAUUAUCUUCUAUAGCUCGGAGCUGGACAAGCAAAAUACGAGCGAUCCGUUGCUAAUAAUUGAUCUGAGCAAGGUGUUUCAUGUUCGUCCUGUUACGCAAGGUGACGUCAUUCGAGCCGAUCCCAAAGAAAUUCCGCGGAUUUUCCAGUUACUUUAUGCUGGCGAAGGUGAGGCUCGUCGUCCAGACGAACAGCAGCAAUCGGACGUUGCUUCCUCUCGUAGCGAUGAAAAGCCUCUCACGCUGCAGUACAAAGGCCACGAGUUUCUCCAAAUAAGUUACCAUAUUCCAACGACAUGCGAUCUUCCUUCGUGCCAGAAGACGCUCUGGCACGUGUUCAAAUCACUGCCGGCAUAUGAAUGCAAACGCUGUCGAUUCAAGCUGCACAAGGAGCACGUGGACAACAACAACCCGUUAGCACCAUGCAAGCUGCAUCACGAUCCAAACCACGCACGUGAAAUGCUGUUGCUCGCUGCUUCCAACGAUGAUCAACAUCGUUGGGUUAGUCGUUUGUCCAAGCGCAUUCAGAAAAGUGGCUAUAAGGCUAACUCGAAUAACAAUGUCGGUACGCUUGGCGGAAGUGCCAACAGCUCGACCGGAGGUAGUAGUGUUGGUGGUGGAGGCGGUCUAGGUAACAACGGUAACAACCUACCAUCCGUUAACUCUAGCACAAAUAUGGAUUCAACGAAGGUUUCACCCAGCCAAUCUGCUCGAUCAAAUAACAAACCAAAUUCGGCAGUCGUAGUACAACGUUCAGCCACUCUGCCAACCAAUGCUUCCCUAAAGCAAUCGCCACCGUGA